AUGAGAUACUCCCUCGGCUUGUCUGGUCUUUUGACCGUGGCCUUGAGCUCGACUGGCCUCGCCCAGACGACUACUCCUGGACCUUCUACCACCGACUUCUCCACCUCUGGUGGCAUGAACGUCCCCACCUCGGUCACCUCCCAGCUGCCCGUCACUUUCACCACCACCAUGACCACCAUGGCCAGACCUACCAAGUCUCCCGUCCCUGGCAAGUGUGAGUGCGGCACUGGAACCUGCUUCACCCCUGAGAUCUGCAGCAUCGAGUGUACCACCGUGUAUGAGGACUGCUGCAGCAUUGAGGGCUCCGACAUCCAGGUCUGUAAGAACCAGUACACCAUCUGUCUCGGCUACAACCCCUACGAGUCUAUCUUCGUCAAGCCCACUAGCUGCAAGCACGACAAGAGCUACUACAUUGAGUAUGAGUCCAAGUACACCAGCUCUUACUUCGAGGAGAAGUACGGCUACUACUACUCUUCUUCUUCCCACUCCACCUCUUCUUCCCACUCCACCUCUUCUUCCCACUCCACCUCUUCCCACUCUGGCUACCACGCUGGUUACUACACUCCCGAAUACUGCUGCCUUGAGUGCACCACCAUCUACGAUGAGUGCUGCGCUGUUCCCGGUGCUGAUAUCGCUAUCUGCAAGGAGAAGUACACUGUCUGCCUCGGAUACAACCCCUUCAUCAUCCUCCCUUGGGAGGUUCCUUCUGUCUGCAAGCACGAGGAGUCUUACUACAAGGAGUACGAGUCCAAGCACGGCGAGUCUUAUUACAACUCUAAGUACGACAAGUCCUACGAGCACUCCGAUGUCGAGGUCGAUGUUGAGCAAUGCUGCAUCGAGUGCACUACUAUCUACGACGAGUGCUGCAAGAUCCCCGGCUCUGAUAUUGAGGUCUGCAAGAAGGAGUACACCAUCUGCCUUGGAUACAACCCCUUCAUUGUUGUCCCUUGGGAGAAGCCUACUGUCUGCAAGCACGGAGACUCUGGCAAGACCGACUACGGCCACAAGGAGGUUGAGGUUACUGUUGAUGAGUGCUGCUUUCAGUGCACUACUGUCUAUGAUGAGUGCUGUGCCGUCCCUGGUGCCGAUAUUGCUAUCUGCAAGGAGAAGUACACCGUCUGCCUCGGCUACAACCCUUGGGAUGUUACCCCUUUCGUCAAGCCCACAGUUUGCAAGCACGGCGAGGACUCUGGUUCCAAGGGAAACAACAACGGCGGUUCCAGCUCCAGCUCCAGCAAGUCCGAUGACUCCUCAAAGGCCUCUGGCUCCAAGUCCGACAGCUCCAGCAAGUCUGGCUCCGAUGAGGAGUGCGCUGUUGAGUGCACCACUGUCUACAAGGCCUGCUGCGACGCUUCUGGUGCCAUCAUUGAGACCUGCAAGACUGCCUACACCACCUGCCUCGGCUUCAACCCUUGGGACGUCACUCCCUAUGUUGAGCCCACCGUUUGCAAGAAGGGUGGCAAGCCUUCUGGUGAUGAUGCUGUCAUCGUUUCCGGUGGUGAGCGUGUCCGCCCCGUCCUGGCUCUCCUUGCCAUGGGUGCUAUUGCUCUCCUCUGUUAG